AGCAGAAUGUCCCACACCAGGCUGCUGCUCCUCCUCGCCCUCCUCUGUGCCACCAAGACCAGAGGGGCUCUCCACCUCUACGACACGGCCUCCAUCUUCAGCUGCCUCAACGCAGCCCUGGCUGAAGCCCAGAAGAACCACCCGGAGGAGAAUUCCAUCCUGGACAAACGUGGCUUUGACUCCCCCCUGCCCCGGGAGACAUCGGAGGAGGGGGAGGAAGAGGAAGGAGAGGAGGUGGCGGAUGAAGAGAUGGGGAAAAGGACGUUCCCAGGGGAAGGCCGUUACAAAUACGUCUCCCAGGCGCAGGUGAAGGGGAAGAGCCACCAGAACCGGGCCAAGAGCGACCGCCGCGCCAAGGUCACCCUGUCCCUCGACGUCCCCACCAACAUCAUGAACAUCCUCUUCAACAUCGCCAAAGCCAAGAACCUCCGGGCCAAGGCUGCUGCCAACGCCCACCUCAUGGCCCAAAUCGGGCGGAGGAAGUGA